AUGGCAAGAAAGAAACUGUCGGCAGUUCUUCGCGAUCCGCGGAAGGUGUUCCUCGCCCUAUACGUCUAUUUCCUGAUGGUUGCCUUUGGAGAUCAAGUGGUACAAGCUAUAGAAGGUGUCCUCAUAAAUGGAAAUGGUCAGUAUCCAAAUCAAGCACUUGCCGAGUAUCAGUAUCAUGACCCGGCGUCUCGUUUCUAUCGAAACACCCUCACGCUCCGCGAUUCUGAGCCCCAGAAAUUGAUAAAUUUACAUCUGAAACAAGAAGAAGUUUCAGGUCAUGGACUAGUGCUGACUGAUUUCAAUAGGGACAUCUACUAUCGAAACCAGCCACUCAUCACACCAUGGAAUCGUAGAAUUCGAAGAAAUGCCCCCGACAAUCUUAAAUCUCUUCUCGACCGUUCUACUGCCUUUGCCCGUAUUAUCAAUGGAGUCUCCCUUCAAUCUGGUCUCCUCAGCGGAACUCACAAAAUCGAAGUGGCCGUUGGAGAACUUCUGAAUUUUGGAUCCAUCAAAAUGGCAGAGGUCGUUGGAUUCAAAGCUGAUAAGAUCACGGCUCUCACUUCGAAAUUAACUGAUUUCAAAAAGGAAGUAAAGACUGGAAAUGAGGUGAAAGACCAGGAGAAGAUGUUCGUUGAGUUGGAGAAGAUUAUGGAAGAGUCGGAAGGAGCGAAGUCGUUGGAGAUCAGCGAUGGAAAGUAUUUUUCGGAUGUGGAGAAUGUUGAGCAGAAUUUUGACAUUGCGAAUAUGAACAAAGUUGCAAGAUUCGUAACAGAUGCGUUGAAUCUUGUUGAGUUACUCAAAACAGUUCCGAUAGAAAAUACUAAGGAUAUUGACGAUGAUUGGCUGAAAUGUGUGAAUGUUAUCAACCAUUUGAACAAUUAUGGAUUAUAUACAACUGCUAUCAGUACUUUCCACAAGUACAUACAAUCAGUUGCACACCUGGAAACCUUCCCCGAAGUCCUCGAACCAUACCGAACCGUCAUUCGUCUUAUUGAAGCUAGAGCUGGUCUGAAGACAUCUGGAACCGAAGCUCUUCAGAAGAAUAUUGGUCAGUUCAUCGAACUUCUGAAGGUUUCGAACUCGUGGAACGGAGAAUUCAGCAUGAUUUAUCGAUUGAUUCACUCCCGUGCUAAUCCAGUCCAAAUGAAUCGUGAAGUCACUAUUGGAUUUUUGAACGGAGUCACUGAUUUCGAUAGACUUCUGAAGGACCUUCAGGACCCAUCAUUUGCAAAAAUGAUUGGAGAGAAGAAAGUGAAGAAACUGUUGGAUGGAUUGAAGCCUAUUCUGUCGAUUCAAUCGAAAAUUGAUGAGUUGAAUGGGAAAUUUGGUCUUUUCUCGAAGGAUUCCUUCUUGUCAACGUCUCAAGUCCAGAUGCUUCAAGUAGAGAUGCAGGGAAUGAGUAUCACGGAUAACGACGUGGAUGAGGUUUUGAAAGCCAUCGAGAUUCCCGCUGACAUUGAUUCUGCAAUUUAUAAAGCUGCCAAGGAAGUCAUCAAAGCUGCUGAAACAUUCACAGAAAUGAUUCAAUCGGUCAGAAAGUGGGCGGAGCAUCUGGUCGGAACCGAACUCACUGAAGCCAUCAAAGCAUUCGAUAAGGAUCUUAAUUUUAAGGAUCGAGCGAAAGUAGAUCAAUCGAAAGCAGAGAUUCCGGCGGUGAUGAAGAAUCUGAAGGACAAGGAUUCCAUAAAGAAGUUCCAGGAUGCUCUCACUGCUACUCAAUCGUUGUUGAAUGGUUACACUGGUGAUUCUAUCAAAACCGGAGCUGCAUCGAUCAAACAAGAUGGAUUGAAUACGUUCAAGGAUGAACAAGUUGUGAGAGAUGAGUUAAGAUUCCAUGGAAGACUACGUGAUAACAAACAAAAGUUGGUGACAAUUGUUGAGGCGAUCGAACUGAUUCAUCGGACUCAGAAUCUGGAUUCUGGAGAGAUUCAGAAGUUGGAGUCACUGGCUAAAGCAAUUCCUGAUGCUUCCAAACUGCUGACUGCCCAGCAUCUCAAAUCCAUUGGGGAGUCGAUGAAGACAGCUGAGAACCUGGAGUCGAAAUCUCUCGGACAGACAACUGGAGCUGAUCGAAUCAUGAAACCCGUCGCGGAGUCGGUUAGAGGUCUUCAGAUGAUUCAUGACUUUAGCGAUAUGAAUCUGGUGACUGAUUUGAAAACAGUGGAGAAUGAAGUGCAAAAAGUCAUUAGUCAACUGAAAGACUCGGUGAAACAAGGAGAGAUUCGGAAGAAGUGGAACAAUCUGAAGGCAGAGAUCAAGUCGUUGGAGGCGUGGCUUCAGCAAGUAUCGACUGUGAAUCAGAACCUGGUUAUCAGUGGAUCCAACAAGUUGGCUGAUGUGGGUGCUCCGUUCGUUAAGCUCACUGCAAUUGGAGACUUGAAGUUUGAUGUGAAGACCAAGACAGAGGUUCUGAUGGAGUUGAUUUCAUUGUUCAUCAAGGAUCAAGCUACUCUGGACAAGCUGACGGAGGCCAAGGGAACACUGGAGAUACUGCAAAGUCUGGAUCUUGAAUUCUCGAAAUUCCACAAAUCGUUCAAUGAUGCCCCGGAUAAAUUCCAGGCACUCUAUGUGUUCAUUGGCAAUUUCUUCACAAUUGCUUCUUCUGCUUUGCAAGCUGAAUCGUCGACACUGAAUGCAAUCAUGAUGACCACGGCGGAGGGAGCGAUGUAUAUUCUUGAAAUGACUAUAGAAAUAUUCAUCACCGCUAUCGUCACUGCGAUUUGCUGUCCUCUUCUUAUUGUCCUAAUCGUUUGCCGACUCCAUCCAAAAUGCUACUGGAAAAAGAAAGUCGAAGAGAAGAAGAAAAAUCGAUUAAGAAAACUGAAGGAGCAUGCCGAAAAGAAGGAAAAAGAGCGGCUAUUAAGAAAACUGAAGGAACAUGUCGCUUCGAUAAGCACACCCGCUCUUGAUACCAACCCAAACAAUAUAAAAUCUCAUCAAGAUGUGAUCUGUCCGAUAAGGAAAGUUUCUCUGAGACAAGAGUAUACACCGCCCGGAACUGAGGAACUUCCACCUAAUCCUGAUGCUCCUGUUGUUCCACAGGCACCAAGUCUGAUGACGGCGAUACCCAAUACGGAGGAAUCGUUGAAAACUGCCAGAGAGCGCAAGGGAUUGGACAGAGUUUCUGGUCAUCAGAAUAUGGCGGUGCCGGGGCAGGUAACCAAUUGGAUAAAAGAUGCCCUUUUCGUGACCGACCGGGAGAUGGUGGAAACCCACUCGGGGUCCAUGAAUACUCUGUCGACUACUUUCAGCACUUUGAUGAAUAAAGAAAAGGAGGCAUGUGACAACUACUUGCCAAUGGAGAAAAGGAGAGGUUCAAAGAAUGCUUGUCGUUUCCAAACAAGAGUCACUCCGUUGCGCCUUGAAGGAGAAAACACUGACUUGGCGAUUCAUGCGAAUCUCAUCACUUCUCCGAGAACGGGGAAAAGAUUCAUUCCGACUCAAGCACCAAUUGGAAAUGAUGAAGAGUUGAAUGGCAAAGUGGACACGAGGGGGGACUUUUGGAUGAUGGCAUUUAUUCAAGGUUGCAAAUGCAUUGUGAUGUUGUGCAAGAUGAAAGAACGAAAAGGUAAAAAAGAAGUUACAAAAUGCGGAAAGUACUACUGUGACGAUCCGGGAGAAAGUAUCGAAUGCGGCCGUUUCAAAGUCAAAACCUUGUCAAAAAGCGAAGGAUGGGUUGGUUUCAAAACGAAUGAGUUCAUUUAUAGACGAUUGGAAGUGACCGAUAAAGAAGGCAUUCUGGAAACAAGAAUCUACGAUCAUUAUCAAGCCGUCGGAUGGCCGGAUGGAAAUAUCCCAACAAACUAUGGACCCGAUUUUUUGUACAAAUUGGUGAAUCGUGUGACCGAAGGCGCAGACAACAGUCCAAUCAUUGUUCACUGCUCUAGCGGAAUUGGCAGAACGAUGGUAUUUAUUGGGAUGCAUGUGAUUCCAGAGGCCGUGGCCCACGGAGAAACAAAAACAAUUGCUCAAGCAAUCACUCUCCUCCGCGAGUGUCGUUUCAAUGCCGUUCAGACUGUCAGACAAUCGAUUUUUCUUCAAAACGCCGUCACCUAUCGCUUCUGUAUUUGGUACCGCAUCGAUCUCAAGUACUACAACAGCCCAUACGAGAGAUUGAGAGACGUGUCUGCGAAUGUGCUUGAACGACUGGGCAACGACUUUUACAUCAAAUACUUCACCGAAAACGGGAUUCCAAUUCAUAAUGAAGAUAAAGCCGGAUUUUGA